CGGACCUGUAAGCAUAGUCUCUGGAAACUUUACCGCAACGUCUAGACUCCAUCUAAAUUUGAAACCAUCAAGAAGUGUUUGGAAGUUACGUGAAGCACGUCUUUCCGGGAGUGAUUUGCAGUGUUGCGGACCUUCAAGCAGCAAGACGAGACCGAUCAUAAAGAGAAAAGUCAAAGGGUCGGAAACCACACCACCACGGUCCUAGGCCUCCAGUUAAAUACUGGCGGUGUACCGAGCUUAGGACGACAACGACUUUGUAACGACGGUGAGGAUUUGGUCGGAGAUUGACGCUCGACAAACUUAAGAAAUACAUUUACUCACCGGUGGAGGGAACGGAACCUCAGGUGACAAAACGAGAACGUUUACGACAACGUAUGUUUUCUGUCAAUCUUCACCUUUGAACUAGUCGACUUCCUAGAACCUACAAAUCAAGGCCAAUUAUGAGUUACUAUCACAACGGGAGCUAUAUGACUACUGAACACUUCGCAGGACAUAAUUCGCCUAUGACUACGAACUACCAGAACAGUCCAAGGACAGCAACUAUUUAUGACGAUACAUCACAACCUGCCUACCCUAGGUUUCCACCUUACGACCGCCUCGACAUAAGGCCUAUUCAAAGUAACCAGCAGCCCCAAGGGGGAUAUUACAACCAGAAUACAAUAGCCAGAGACAACAGGGAUGACUACUCACACACAAACGGCCAACAAUUGUCGCCUAUACAGCGUUAUAGCAGCUGUAAGAUAUCAGAUGACACCGUAGAAAGCUAUUUGGCUGGGGCAGUUGCCGAUCAUACUACCCCACUGUAUGAGAAUAACAAUUCUCCGCCUCUUCAGACGAGUAUAUCCCCACCCCAGCCUCAAGCUCCCCAAACAGAGACGCCGAAUCAGAACCAGUCGCAAAACCAGAACAGUACUCAACAGCAGAUACCUAUAUACCCAUGGAUGAGGUCACAGUUUGGCCCAGACAGAAAACGAGGUCGUCAAACUUACACUCGGUUCCAAACUCUAGAACUAGAAAAAGAGUUCCAUUUCAACAAAUACCUUACAAGACGUAGGAGAAUAGAAAUCGCCCAUUCGUUAUGUCUGACAGAGAGACAGAUUAAGAUAUGGUUUCAAAACAGAAGAAUGAAAUGGAAAAAGGAAAACAAACAGAUCGAAGCACUUAAGUCACCUGAGUCCGACGAAAAGUCCGAACCACCGUCUCCCAGUAGUCCCACGGAAGAUGAUGACGAGUUGAAAAAGGAAAAGGAGGACGAUGAUGGAGACAAGCCAACAACACCUGAUACAUUAUGAAUGGAUGUACAUAUUGUAUAUAAACCAAGGAACCAUCUAAGGGAAACUGCGUGUACAUUGUAUAUUUCAGAUUGCAAAUAGCACUAUCUUGGAUCCAUUUGGAUUGCUCUGUACAGACAGGAUGACACUAGGUCAUGAACGAGAAUGGUAUAUGUAUAACACAUAUACAUGUGAUCAUCUGAAAGGGUAAAUUUUUAAUUUAAAGGGUAAAGUAUCCAAAGGGUAUGGACAAGCUAUAGUGCCAUGAACUAAAAGUAAGGGUAAAGACGGUAAAAAGGGUACACAUCAUCAUACUUGACCUCAAAAGACCAACUUGGUUUUGGAGGAACCAUCAACAAGAGACAGUCACUGAUACUGCACAUUGUAUUGUUACAUGUUAUAUAGACCAUCCAAGAUCUGAACAUACACUUUAAAUAUAAUCAUAUUGAUUAAAUCUCAGAGGAUUUUGCAAUACGAUCAAGUAUACCAUGACAGGAGUUCAUUGUCAAAAUCUAAUUGUUCAUGCUUCCAUGAGCAAUCACAUUCAUAACAUUUUAUCACUUUUUAGUGAUUCCCAUGAGAGCUUAGUGCUUAGAUCAUGAUGAAAAUUAUAAAGUUGUAAAUGACGCCUUUGCCAUUUUUCACUCGUUGAUGCAUACUGGUAAAAGAAAAAAGCAUAUUUUGUGUGUAUGUUAAUGUUUUCUAUUCGAUGGGAUGGCUAUUAGUUUAGAUUAUAUAUAGAAUACGGAGUCUAUCCAAAAUGUGCUACAUUAUUUAUAAUGUAGAGCUUUAGAUGAUUGUAUUGUAAGUUUUCACACUGGACAAUAAUAGCUGGACAAACAACACACGCCCAUUGGAGAGGGAUACGUCAUUUUGUCAUUUUGAUGUUGUUAUCGUCGUGAAUGUGGAUUAUAAAAUAAAUAUAUAGAACACUUAAUACAGUGUAAUUAUUUACAACCAAGAAACCACUCAACUGAGUAUCUGGGGUAAGUUGAAUAUUUUUUCCUCUAUACCCACAGGCUCCACAGGUCAUAAUGUGGUCACCUCACAACUGGCAAAUCGUAUUAGUCAUAAUGUUUUCCUUUUUCCUACGAUGCAAUUUGAGACAACUGUCCCCUCAGCAAAUGAAACCACUUAAGUAAAUUACUGGAAACAGAUAGACUCUUCUUACGUUAAUAGCAUGACACCAUUUAAUGAUGACCUUUCUGGAAUGUAACCGUUAUUUUAAGUUUAUUA